GAAAGUAAGAGACUUGCUGAUGUCAUUUUUAAUUCACCACCAAUACCCAAAAAAAAGCUGAGAGAGAUGUUGAUGGCCCUAUAUAAGGUGCACCUCACCUCCUUCAGAGCACAUCUAGAAUCACAGCAAAGUGCUGACCUCUGUAACUGCAGCCUGCUGGGACGGACGACUUUGGAUUGUGAACCAUGGCCUCCCUGCAGACCUUGACCAAGAGCUUCUCAGUAUGGGUCUUCUUCUGCUGCUGUUGCUGUCUCCCUCUUCUUCUCACCAGCCCUCUGCCUCCAAAAGGGGCAGGGGUGGGUUCUACCAGCCACCAAACCUGCAGGCUCAGGAAGACCAACUUUCAGCAGCACUACAUCAGGAAUCGCACCUACACCUUGGCUAAAAUGGCCAGGGCCUCAGACCAGGACACUGACAACAGGCUCAUUGGGCAGCAGCUCUACAUCAACAUCAAGGAAAACAACCGCUGUUACAUGAUGAAGAGAAUUGUGGAGAUUAUAGUGAAAGACGUCCUUCUCACCGAGGCCAGGGAGAAGUACCCAUACACUGAGGAGGUGGCGCAGUUCCUGGCAUCCCUGACCUCGGAGCUGAGCAGAUGUAAAUUCUCAGGAAACAGAGAGCACAUUGAAAAGAACCUGGAAGAGAUGAAGAGCAAAAUGAAACAGUUGGGAGAGAAUGGAAAGAAUAAAGCCAUUGGAGAACUGGAUUUACUGUUUGACUACGUAGAAAAUGCUUGUACUGAUGCCCCAAAGAAGGGAGGGAAUAAGAAGAAAAACUGAAAAAAUAUCAGAUCAGUCUUGAAGAGAUGUCUCCAAAAAACUCAUGCUAUUAUUCAAAUUGAUUAACUACUGAGGAAAAAAGUCACAUCUGUAGAUGCAGUAUAUGUUUUUUUAACCUGUACUGAGAAUAGCCAACUAAUUAGGCAGAGACAGGGUGCAUACUGCUGUCUUCUUUGCAAAUGAAAACUCCAGAACAGUGUGGCUACAUUUCAACACAGCACACGAGUUAUUUUCAAAGGCAUGCUCCUACUCUGCUCAUCUGCAUCGGAAUAAGGCAACUGUUUCUGUAUUUAAUAGGCUGAGAUUUGACACCUGUGUCAGCUUUGGUCAAGGUAGGCAGUGCUCUGUGGCCAGGAAGUUUUGAGUCUUUUAUUGGAAAUCUCUCUUGUGUAUGUUGCCCUCUUCUGACCCUUACCUGAAAUGUUGGUAUUUUGGACAUUCAGAAAUUAUUUUUUUCACUUGUAUUUAAUAGUAACUUAUUUUAAGGUAAUAAUUAUACAUACUUUUAUUUAUAUAAAUUGAAACAUAGCCAAGAAAAUGUAUUUAUGAAGCUGUACUAGAGGCUUUUACAUGAACUAUGAAAUUAAAACAGCUGUGUAAUAUUUAUAUGCAGAUGUAUUGUUUUAUAAAUGCCUAUUCAGUAAUUUAUUAUAAUAAAUAUUUUGAGUCAUCAAAUA